AGUGAAUGGAAGUUCCAAAGAGUGGUGCGAUCACUGGUAUAUCACUCGAUGGCAACCCUUUCAAUGCCAUCAAUGCACUGAUCUAUUGAUCACACAUUUGGGUCCAAGUGUACAAUCAGUGCAACACUUGUCACACAGUAUUUGAUCCGUAGAUCACUUCACCACACAUUUACAGAUAAGCAUUGAAAAUGCAUUUCUUAAGCAAAUUAGCCAUCAAUUCAGGCAUUUAUCCUCGAGUACAACACAUGCGAUACUUGUCGUCAAAUGUGAGGACAACAAAACUCUUCAUAAAUGGAAAGUUUGUGGACUCGAAGACCAACGACUGGAUUGAACUUAAAAAUCCUGCAACCAAUGAAGUGGUGACAAGAGUUCCAAAGAGUACCGACGCCGAGAUGGAAGCGGCGGUCAAUGCAGCCGAUAAUGCCUUCAAGACGUGGUCCAAGACAUCAAUUCUGACGCGACAGCAGACGAUGUUUAAACUCCAGGCGCUUAUCAAACAAAAUUUGGUCGGUUUUGCAAAACGACUGACGGAUAGCAUAACCGAAGAACAGGGAAAGACGACAAUCGAUGCCGAAGGAGACGUCUUCCGGGGUCUCCAAGUGGUCGAACACUCGUGUAGUGUGACAUCACUGCUGUUGGGGGAGACACUGCCAUCCAUUGCCAAAGACAUGGACACCUUCUCAUACAGACUUCCAUUAGGGGUUUGCGCCGGCAUAACUCCAUUCAACUUCCCUGCGAUGAUCCCUCUGUGGAUGUUUCCGAUGGCACUGGUCUGUGGGAACACUUUUGUCAUGAAGCCCUCCGAACGAGAUCCCGGCGCUGCUAUGAUUCUCAUGGAAAUGCUCGAAGAGGCCGGCAUUCCUCCCGGUGUAGUCAAUGUAAUCCAUGGACAGCACAAAGCCGUUGACUUUAUAUGCGAUAACCCGAAGAUUAAAGCGAUUUCAUUCGUGGGCUCAGACAUCGCCGGUAAAUACAUAUACACGAGGGGUUCGGCCAAUGGUAAGAGAGUGCAGUCAAAUAUGGGCGCUAAGAAUCACGGAGUGGUUAUGCCGGACGCCAACAAAGAGCACGCCCUCAACCAGUUGGCCGGCGCCGCGUUCGGUGCGGCCGGACAGCGAUGUAUGGCUCUGUCCACAGCUAUAUUCGUCGGCAAAUCUAAGGAAUGGAUCAAUGAUUUGGUCGAAAGGGCGAAGAAGUUGAAAGUGAAUGCCGGACACAUUCCCGGCGCAGACUUGGGGCCCGUUAUCUCUCCCGAAGCCAAACAACGCAUUCUAUCUCUCAUUGAAAGCGGUGUCAAAGAAGGCGCUAAACUAGUGCUCGACGGCCGGGACCUCAAAGUGAAUGGCUUUGAGUCCGGAAAUUUCGUCGGACCCACUAUUCUGACUGAUGUCCGGCCAAACAUGAAGUGCUAUAAGGAAGAGAUCUUCGGUCCUGUUUUAGUGACACUCAGUGUCGACACAUUAGAUGAAGCCAUUGAGAUCAUUAACGCCAACCCCUAUGGCAACGGAACGGCUAUAUUUACGACCAAUGGUGCCAACGCUCGCAAGUUUACACAUGAGGCAGAUGUGGGACAAGUGGGCAUCAAUGUGCCAAUUCCUGUACCACUUCCCAUGUUUUCAUUCACCGGCAGUCGGGGCUCAUUCCUCGGAGACUAUAAUUUCUACGGAAAAGCGGGUCUCAACUUUUACACUCAACUGAAAACAGUGACUCAGUUGUGGUCACCGGAACACCACUCGGACACAGCGGCCACUAAUUUCCCGGUCAUGAAGUAA